AGAGUGGAUUCACCUGGCUGCUGCCUGUUGGAGAGAGACCACGCCCACAUGCACACACACAGAACAGACAGGGGGAGAGACACAGGAGGAGCAAUACAGACAGGGGAAACACACAUACACCAGGGAGAAGGCAGGGCUGCCAUGAUGCCAGACACUGGUAAACGGUAUCUGUGUGAAACAACAUCAGGAAGGUGUUGGUGUGAGUUACGAGGAUGCAACCAUCAAAUAAUGGCAGGAAAAUUACACGUCGCAUACCACUUUUCUUAAGACUUGACUUCAGGUGAAAGCAGGGCUGAAACUAGAGAAGUACUAAAGAUUCACAGAGCCGCAGUUAUACAAAACAAACACACUCAGCUCAGUCAAACCAUAUUACCCUGUCUGGUUAGUUUAGACGCUACAAAUUUGUUGGACGACAAAGUACACUGACAGUGCCUAACUGUGGGAUGAAGAAUCAGCCGCCUGCUACAGCUGUUCUGCUGGAUCGAUUUUACCCUUAUUCUCUAUGGCAAGAUGACUCCACCAGCUUCCAAGAAAACACUGUUCGUUGCAACAAUAUCUGCUCUUGGCUUGAUCUGCUGUUUUGUUACAUUCUACAUGUAUCAUGAGUCUCCAUCUUCUGUCUGCCCAUAUGCAUCUCCAUCAGCUGAAGACAAAGAUUAUCAAGAUGUGGAUCCAAAUGAAAAGCCCAUAGUCCUAGUGUGGUUCUGGCCUCUUGGUGUGAAGUUUGAUUUCAAAGAUUGCUCUAAAUACUUCAACAUUGACAGCUGUGUUCUGACCGAUGACAGAUCCCUCUACAGCAAAUCAAAGGGAGUCCUUUUCUUCCACAGAAACAUUAAUUUGGGAAACAUGCCACAGGAGCCACGUCCAAGUUUUCAAAAGUGGAUUUGGUACCAUCUGGAAUCCCCAACGAACACGUGGAAGAUACCAGGUCUGGAAAACCUGUUCAACCUCACACUUUCCUACAGAAGAGAUGCUGACAUCACAGUGAGGUUUGAUCUCACUAUCAGAGAAACAGACAUGACAGAUAACUUUACUCUGCCCAAGAAAGACAACCUGGUGUGUUGGAUUGUUAGCAACAACGACCCAAACACUGGAACAGGUACAAGAGAACAAUAUUAUCGUGAACUGUCCAAGCACAUUAAGAUCGACCUCUUUGGUGCAGCUUUCGGAGGGCGUCUGAGCCUUGAAGAGUACUACCCAACUGUGGCUAGCUGUAAGUUUUACCUCUCAUUUGAGAACUCGCUCCACCGAGACUACUUCACUGAGAAGGUUAAUGGACCGCUUGUGUCAGGGACGGUCCCUGUAGUUUUGGGUCCCCCCAGAGAAAACUAUGAGCAGUUAGUUCCUUCUGACGCCUUCAUUCACAUAAAUGAUUUCCCUGAUGCAAAGUCACUGGCUGAGUAUCUGCUCUUCUUGGACAAGAACGAUGCAGAGUACAUGCGUUACUUUGAGUGGAGGAAGUUCUACUCAGUCACUCCUCAUCUGCUGGGAAUGGCAAAUGAAUUCACUCAGCCCAUCUGUCUCGCCUGUGACUACAUGUCAAGAGACGAAGGCUACAGUGUUGUUCAUGACCUUUAUGGGUGGUACUUUUCAUGAAAAUGGCAAUAGGAAAAUAUAUUGAUGGUUGCCCAAACAUGCACAUUAAUACAUAGAUGAGCAGCUUGGGAAGCCCCUACAAAAAUAGUUUAAAUCUAUUGGAUGUGCUAUCAGGCCAUUUUGCCACACCCAACCCAAAGUUAAAAUCAGUUUGAUAUUUUCCCCAAAAAUCAAAGUGACAUUCGGCCCAUUUACCAUUGAGUUUGUGAACAAUAAAUUGUGGUGACAUCAGCCGAUUGCCAAAGGAAAACUAAGUUCACUGUUGUCUCUUGUAUUGUGUUUUGUAUUGUGCAUUGCUCAGCUUAUCCAGUUGGACCGGUGAGGUGAUAAAGAUGCUUUGAUUCAUCUGCUGUAUCUGUUUAUUCAUUCAUUUGUUAUUAACUUGAUAAAACCAUAAUAACCACAUAUAUAUUGCACAACUUGCAUUGCAGUGACAAUA